AUGUCAACGAGAAAAUUUAAGAGUCAUGAAAGAGGCAAAUCCAAAACAAGAAGUACAAAGUCGUUAGAACUAAUAAUUUAUGAGCUUCCGGAUUCCAGAAAAUCGAAAAGUUGUGAGCUCCCAGAUUUCAGAAAAUUGAAAGUCGUGAACUCCCAGAUUCUAAAAAAUUGGAAAGUCCUAAGAAAAUCUAAGAGCUGCAGUAGCAGUUCGUCUCCUGAACCUAGAAAGCUGAAAAAUUCUAAGAGUCGCAGUAGUAGUUCAUCCCCUAAAUCUAGAAAAAAUAUCAAAUUUUCUUUAAAAUUAGAUCCAGAAUUAGAAGCAGCAAUUAAAGAGAAACAUUCCAGAAAUAAAUAUAUUGAAAUUGGUCAAAAGAGGAAAAUAAAAGGAGAUAAACCCGAAGGAUUUAAUUCUAAAUUUCAGCAAUGUAAAUACAAGAUAAUUUGGAUAAUCCAAUUAUUUUAG